GUCUGUCUUACCUUCCGUUCCGUUCCGUUCCGUCCUGUCUUGGCUCUCCUCAAAAAUUUCAAAAUUAUUCUUCUCCCUCUCCCUCCUUCUCUCUCUCUCUACAAGGAAUCGACAUUCCGAGCUCCAAUUUCCCGAUUCUGGCUCUAGAUCGAGAAUUCCCGGGUUCCCCAUUCUUCAGUUCUUCUUCAUCUGCAAGUCGAUCCGUAGCUUCACGCGCAUGCACUCAGUCUCCGUCCGCGACCGACCCUCUUCAUUUCACUACAGUCUCCACUCUCUAGUCCCUCCCCAGCCGAUUUCUUCAUCCUUCCGACUGAAUACAGACUACUUCACCAAUUUAUAGCCCAUUUUUCUUCACUGAAACAUGGGGCUGGAGGACUACCAUGUGAUAGAGCUAGUUGGGGAAGGAUCUUUUGGGCAAAGUCUAUAAAGGCCGACGCAAAUGCACUGGCCAGACUGUUGCCAUGAAGUUUAUAAUGAAACAAGGGAAAACCGAGAAGGAUGUUCAUAAUUUGAGGCAAGAAAUUGAGAUUUUGAGAAAGCUAAAGCAUGAAAAUGUUAUUGAAAUGCUUGACUCGUUUGAGAGUCCCCAAGAGUUUUGUGUUGUCACAGAAUUUGCCAGGGUGAACUAUUUGAGAUACUAGAGGAUGACAAAUGCCUCCCUGAAGAACAAGUCCAGGCUAUUGCAAAGCAACUGGUGAGAGCGUUGCAUUAUUUGCACUCAAAUCGAAUCAUCCACAGGGAUAUGAAGCCGCAGAACAUACUCAUCUGUUCUGGAUCAAUUGUUAAGCUUUGUGAUUUUGGGUUUGCCCGUGCAAUGUCCCAGAACACUGUCGUUCUGCGGUCCAUAAAAGGAACACCCUUAUAUAUGGCUCCAGAGCUGGUCCGGGAGCAACCUUACAACCACACUGCUGAUUUGUGGUCGCUUGGAGUUAUAUUAUAUGAAUUGUUUGUUGGCCAGCCCCCGUUUUACACAAAUUCUGUAUAUGCUCUCAUCAGGCACAUUGUUAAGGAUCCUGUAAAAUAUCCGGAUAACAUGAGCUCAAAUUUAAAAGCUUCCUUAAGGGAUUGCUCAAUAAGUCACCACAAAAUCGGUUGAGUUGGCCUCAUCUUCUGGAACAUCCAUUUGUCAAAGAGAUUUCAGAUGAAAUGGAGGGCAGGGAGGUUCCCUUUGCAGUUGCUGCAGCUUGUGAAUCUGAUGCAGCCUUGGAUAUUUGCAGAAAAAACAGCCAAAGAUCAGCUGAUCUAGCUGGGUCUUCUCCUGAGUUUGCAGGGAAUACUUCACCAGUACCUCCUGAGGAUUUUUCCUGGAUUUGCAAGUCAUAAUGAUGUCAAGCACUCUGGUAAUCAUACGUUGGACAGAUUGGAAACAACUCACGAACAGUUAAAGGCGCACAAGGAUCAAGAGAUUAUUUGUGCAAACCAAUCAAUGAGAAUUCUUUCUAACUUGGCUGCUGCUGGGGCUUUCCAGUCUAGUGGACUGCUAGAUGAAAUACUGAGUGAACUUUUUGAGUUCACUUCCAGUAUAAUGAGCCUGAAUUCAUCUGGACUCAAUGAAUUACUAUCCAAGGUUCUCUCUGUCAUAAAGCAUUUGUUAGAUUGUAGUGUAAGUUGCAUUGCAAGUUCACAUUUCACAAAACACUGGGUUGCAAUGACAGAAAUUUUUUCACAGAUUCUCAGCUCCAGUGAGGACUCUACAGGAAGAGUUGUUUAUGAGGCCAGCACUUGUAUCACAUCUGUAUUAUCAAAAGUAGCAAAUGCUCUCAAAACUUCAGAUUCAGAUACAGUUAACACUCCUUUGAUGAUUGAGAGAUCAAAGCAGAUCCUUGAUCGAGCUAAGACAUGUGGCUUGAUGGAGCAGUUAUGCAUUUGCUUAGCAACCGCAGGCUCAGGCCUCAUUUCUGGUUCUUCCACCAUGUUGCGUACUGCUUGUGAAGCUUGUAAGGCAAUCUGGUCACUGAUAGAUGGAGUGGAAGCUCUUUACAUGAAAUCAAAUCCCUCGUUAUUUCCUGUAACUGCUUUUCGAAGUUGUUCAAUGCGCCGGCUUCAGAUUCAGGACCGUGAAAGAGUCUCGUUGGUGGGAACAGAUUCUACAAGAAUGAUUGAUGCAUUUGUUAGAGCUUUCUUGAGAUCAAAAGCUGUUCAGGUAGCUGUCUCCUACUGUUUACGUCAACGUAUGGAGACUUCACUACAGGCUACAAUACAGAUCCUUUCAAGAUGCUGCCUGCAAAGUGCAAUUAUUCCUGGCAUUCUUUGUGGCUUACCCACUUCGCUUCCUUCUACUACUGUUGUAAGUGGUGGAGGAGAUGGAAGUAUAGUUUAUGAAAUAUUCUCCGUUUUGUCAUUGUGUGCUUCGUUGCUAAGCAAAGACCCUCAAGCAGGCGAAACAGCAAAGACUAAGUUCGCAAAUCCUUCCCUUCUAGCGACGCAUUCGUGCCUCCUGCUUGCUAUUAUUGCUCAGUGUUUCAAAUCCUCUGGAAGAAAUUCUGCAUUGUUUGUGCUGACCACUUCCAUGAAAAAACAGCAAGCCAGACUUUCAGUUCUUGCCCACCAUUUUUCUUCUGAUGAUGGGAAGGCUUCGCUGCAUCCACAUUCUGCAUCAGCUAUGUUGGCUCUUUCUUGUAUUCUAUCCCUUGAGUGUGGUACUCCUGUCGAGUCGUCAAUCUCUGAAGUAGCAGUUCCUUUGAUUCCUCGAACUGCCACUCUCUGUGAACAGCUUAAGGUAUUGGAUGGAAAUGGAACAACUAAGCCUCAUAAUUCCAGUGGUGCUCUAUCAUAUUGGCAUGGUCUUCGGGAUGGAUGUGUUGGCUUGCUAGAAUCAAGACUGAAGUGGGGAGGGCCACUAGCUGUACAGCAGCUAUGUGCAAGUGGCAUUCCUCUUCUUCUAAUUGAGUUGUUAAACCACAACCAUCAAAUUGCCUCUGCUCAAGAAACUGCCAGCAGUGGAUAUCAGGUGGGAGUACCUAGCAUUAUUCUUCAGUGCCUGGAGCAUGUAGAAACAAAAGAUUUGGGUAGGCCUGUUGCAUUUCUUGCAAAGAUGGCUGGCCACAAGCCUAUGGCUGUUCACCUUGUGGGCAAAGGCUUGUUGGAUCCUAAUAGAGUUCGAAGACUGCUUGAUAGUUCAUCCCCAAGGGAGGUUACAUUGGAUAUCCUUAUGAUAAUCUCCGACUUAGCUCGGAUGGACAAGGGAUUCUACGAACAUAUCAACCGCGCUUCUGUUCUAGAGAUCUUGAAGGACUUCCUGAUACAUGAAGACCCUAACAUUCGGGCAAAAACUUGCAGUGCUCUUGGCAACAUGUGCCGUCAUAGUGCCUACUUCUACACUUUGCUACAAAGGCAUCACAUAAUUGGUCGCCUAAUUGAUCGCUGUGCAGACCCAGAUAGACGUACCAGAAAAUUUGCAUGUUUUGCUAUUGGAAAUGCAGCAUACUAUAACGAGAUGUUAUACGAUGAGCUCAGAAGAUCAAUCCCUCAGCUAGCCAAAUUGCUGCUGUCAUCCGAGGAAGACAAGACGAAAGCCAAUGCUGCUGGUGCAUUGAGCAAUCUCGUUCGCAACUCCAGCAAACUCUGCGACGAAAUUGUCUCCAAUGGAGCUAUGCAGGCUUUGCUGAAGCUGGUAGCCGACUGUUCCACGAUAGCCCUGAACCCAAGUAGGAAAGAUGGGUUGAACGAAUCUCCCCUGAAGAUAGCGCUUUUUUCACUGGCGAAGAUGUGUGCACACGCGCCUUGUAGGGAGUUCCUCCGGUCAUCAGAAUUAUUUCCUGUGAUAGGGCAACUGAGGCAGUCCCCGGAAUCCACCAUCGCCAACUACGCUACCCUCAUUAUCAGUAAAGUCGGCGGAACUUGAGAUGGAGUUGGGAGGGGUAGUUACAGGUUAAACAUCCUCGUUAGCUUUUUUUAGUUCCAGAGAUGUGCUGAUGGGAGUGGUUGUUUUGGCGCUCGUUCAAGAACUCACAGCUGAUAGUGCAAACAAGGAUUGCGCGAUCCUUUGUAUGAAAUUGUUUUAUGUGCUUUCAUGCUCAAAAACUGAUGUAGAUUGGAGCAUGUGACAUUCUGAUAGUGAGCAAUUUGCAGUUGAUCAAGCAACUUAAUGCAGCCACGAAAUUACCAACUGGAAAUCAUCUCUAACGUGCCAUUUCUCUACAAAGUUACAUCAUGUAGUUGUAUGUGAAGUUAUGUUUCUAACAGCGGUACCAUUCUCAUCUGUUCAUCGUCGUGGAUAAUGGUCGAUGGCCUGGAAGCUUCUAACGUGCAUAUAA